UGACUUUUUACGUUUGAAAAAAAUCCACAGUAUGGAAAACAGGCUUUUGGUUAUAUUGUAUUGUAAUUUGACAGCUGAUUUAGUCUUCCUUUGCAGAGAUUGUGAGUUUGUUUUAGUGUUAGACAUAUUCAUUAAAUAUUCGCAGUAGUGAUAAUGACUUCGGACAAAGCAGACAAGAAUGCUAGCUCCUCUACGUCUAGCAACAACCCUCUGGAGCAGUUUGUCUUGCUGGCCAAGUCUGCCAAGGGUGCGGCGGCCAUGGAAUUAAUCCGACAGGUCUUAGCGGCCCCAGGUGUCCAUGUGUUUGGAGAGCUUCUGGACAUGCCAAACAUUAAAGAGCUAGAGAAUGGACCAAAUAUCAACUACUAUCGGACACUUAGGCUGUUUGCUUAUGGGACUUACCGCCAAUACCUGGAAAAUAAAGACCAACUCUUAGACUUAAAUGUAGCAGAGAAGAAGAAGUUACAACAUCUUACUAUAGUGACGCUUGCUACAAAAAUGAAGUGUAUUCCGUACUCUGUUCUCCUUCAAGAACUAGAUAUGAAGAAUGUGCGAGAUUUAGAGGACCUAAUUAUAGAAGCUAUUUAUGCUGAUGUGAUCCACGGAAAGUUGGACCAGAAGAACUCCCAGCUGGAGGUGGACUAUGCAAUCGGCCGUGAUACACAGAGCAAUGUGCUUGGUUGUAUCGUGGACACGCUGCAAGAGUGGUGUGAUUCGUGCGAGACGGUUUUGCGAUGCGUGGAGCAGCAGAUAAAUAGAGCAAAUGCUGAAAAGAACAGAGCUCUCAAACAUAAGGAGGCUGUUGAAACUGAGGUUAUUAACAUCAAGAAGACGCUGAAAGCUCAGACACAGGAUUCUGAUGAGCCGAUGGACACUCGUCGUCUGGACUUGGACUCUCGGGAAGCUAUCGCCCAAGGAGGAGACAAGAUGAAAAAAAGUAUCAAGGCCAAAAGUCUGAGGAGCAGUAGCAAGUUCUGGCAGUCCAAAUGAUCUCGCAUUGUAAUAUUUCAUGUGAUAAUUUAAAUCCAUUAUUGUAAAUACUGUAUGUUGGCUUAACUUUCUUUUUAAUACAAUUUUCAAGUAUCCGAAA